UUGAUUUCCUUGUGUUUGUAAACUUCCUGGGGAGUAGCCGUCAGCUGAUCAAGAAACGAUGGAUCUAAUCAACAAUUAAACAAAAAAUAAAUUAAUGACAGCUUUAAUUUAGCGACUCAGCUCACUGUUCCUGCAUCGGCCAGCGCGCCUGUUUUAUCGGCUUUAAAUCGGCGGCGGGUCCCACCAUGAUGGCGUCCAGCUACAACGCCAAAGACGAGGACGGCCACAUCACGGUGACGGGGCCCGGCGGCGGCCCGCUGCGGAGCAGGAAGCCGGAGAACACGGCCUUCAAGCAGCAGAGGCUCCCGGCCUGGCAGCCCAUCCUCACCGCGGGGACCGUGCUGCCCGCCUUCUUCAUCAUCGGCCUGCUCUUCAUCCCCAUCGGCAUCGGCCUCUUCGUCACCUCCAACAACAUCAAGGAGUUCGAGGUGGAUUACACAGGAAUCGACAUGUCCAGUCCCUGUUUUAACUGCUCCCAGAACUUCAGCUGGAACAGCACCAAGCCCUGCACCUGCACCAUCCCCUUCUACCUGGAUCAGCCCUACGAGAGCAACGUCUACAUGUACUACGGCCUCUCCAACUUCUACCAGAACCACCGUCGCUACGUCAAGUCCAGAGACGACAGCCAGCUGAACGGAGACCUGGAAUCUCUCAAGAAACCCAGUAAGGAGUGUGAGCCGUACGCUCAGCAUGAGAACAAGCCCAUCGCUCCGUGUGGAGCCAUCGCCAACAGCAUGUUCAACGACUCGUUGGAGUUGUUCUACAACGAUCCAAACGGCACAAAGAUCCAGAUUCCUCUCAACACCACCGGCAUCGCCUGGUGGACCGACAAGCACGUCAAGUUUGGGAAUCCUGGAGGCAGCGACAACCUCACCGCCGUCUUCCAAGGAACUACGAAGCCGGUGAACUGGCGGCGUGCGGUCUACGAGCUGGACGGCGACCCGUCCAACAACGGCUUCAUCAACGAGGACUUCAUCGUGUGGAUGAGGACGGCGGCGCUGCCCACCUUCAGGAAGCUCUACCGCAUCAUCAACAAGAAGAGCAGCCUGGUGCCCACGCUGGCCCGCGGGAACUACACGCUGGAGGUCGUCUACAAUUACCCGGUGCGGAGCUUCGAGGGCAGGAAGCGGAUGAUCCUGAGCACCAUCUCCUGGAUGGGCGGGAAGAACCCGUUCCUGGGCAUCGCCUACAUCACCGUGGGCUCCGUCUGCUUCUUCCUGGGCGUCGUGCUGCUCAUCAUCCACCACAAGUGUGGAAACAGGAACAACAGCGCCGACAUCUCCAACUGAGACCAGCCUCAUCCUGAUCCUGAGGCUCAUCUAAACAGUAUUUAAAUCUAAUUAUAUAACAUCCACCGCUGUAAAACAGAGCUCCAGGGUUAGAAACCGUCUGGCGGUGGCUGAUUAUUUGCCAAAGCGAACGGAAAAAUAGCCAAAAAUCUGCUGCCACAUUCAGCGUCAAACAUCUACCGACUGAUUUUACAGAUUUUCCUGAUGUGUCACAUCAUCGUCAAUAAAUAAAAUCAACUCAAGAGUUCCUAAUCAGGUCUGGAAACGAGAGAAAGUAAUUAGGAUUAAAGUGGGAAUUAAGUGAAGCACUUUACUGGGAUGAGUCCUCUCUGUGUUACUGGGAAUUUAAGAUGUUUAAACAACCAAAAGAGGAGUUUAAAGUCUUAAAUUACACACAAGUUACAUAAAAAUACAAACUGAAACGCUUAUUAGUAAGUAAUUAAGUGAGUAAAGUUUAUUUAUAGAGCACUUUUCACAGAUAAAAUCACAAAGUGCUUUACAGAAAAUAAAAAAUACGAGAUAAGACAAUUAAAACACACAAUUAGUGAUGACACUGUAAAAUAUUAUGCUAAAAUGAUCCAGUUCCAGCUUCUCAAAUGUGAAUAUUUCUUCUAUAACAGCAAAUUUAUAGAUAUAAUAUAUAUAUAUUUGGAUUCUGGGUUGUUUUUCAGACCAUGAAAGACAUUUAGAGACGUCACUU